AGAAAACCUGUCGUUCGGAUUCAGUCGUUUCUAGUGAUCAACAAUGCGGAAUGUUUUUAUGGCAUUUUGAUUCUCUUUCGCUAAUUAUGGAUAUGGAUUCGAUGUUCGUAUAACAAACAGUAAACCUCGGAUUGAGGAGAUCGUCCAGUCAAAGACUCCAGUCCUGAAAGCAAGAAUCCCCAAGAUGGAGGAACACGAAGAAGAGAAGGAACCUAAUUCUUUUUCUUCUUCUCCUCCUCCUGCCGAGGCUCCUCCAUCUGAGCAACCAUCAACACAAGCCGAUGCCCCUCCAUUUGAUCCCAGUCGAAUGAUCGGUAUCAUCAAGAGGAAGGCAUUGCUAAAAGAGUUAGCUGCUGUCUAUCAUGCACAGUGCCUCUCAUAUUGUCGGGAACUUUUGGAACUUCAAAAGAAAUGGGAAGAGCCAUUUGUAGAUGCCAAAACUCCUGAUGAUUCCAGAAAAGAGACGACGAGGCCUUCAAAACGUGUGAAGAAGCCGCGCGAAGCCCCUCUUAAUGUAUUUGCAUCCUGCUUUUGCUGAAACUGUAAUUGAUGUGCAUAAGUUGUUAAUUAGUUAGUUAUAUAUAAUUCUCUUUCAGGACGAGGAAUCAUAGAUUUUUGGCUCAUAUAAACUCCGGAUACUUGGUGCAUCUCUCACCAAGUAUCUUAUAAGCCGGGUAUUAAUAUAGAGAAUUGAACCCG